AUGAUUGAGAUGUAUCAGUGCAUACAUCUGGGUCUGAGUUUGCUUUUCGCAGCAUCGAAGACCUGGUUUUACCUCUUCCUGGGCAGCUGCGCUUGCAACUUGUUGAUGCUGGUUCUUGUGGGCUACUUGCUUUGGUACGCCAUCUUCCGGCCGCCCAGCACCAGCGUGUGCAUGCAGGACUACCAUGACAACCUCGCCAGGGCCAGGAGCAAUGUGUCCGGGGUGGUGGCCAUGCACUCCCUGCAGAACGCUUCACAGGCGAAGAUAGACUGCUUCUUGGCAAAGUACAAGCGAAUUACUUUUGACCUCGCGAACUAUUCCGACGACCCACUGGCCUACCAGUGGAAAAUGCAGAUUGGCUCCAAGGAGCAGAUGUCGGAAGUGUUCGCGGAGCGGCGUCAGAUGAUGUCCGCGGACAAUUUCGCUCAGCUCUAUGACCUCCUGUAUGCAGACGGCGUCUGGGCUUACCUGUACUCGCAGUACUACCCCAAGGACGUUCAGGAGGAGCUCAUGCAGGUGGACCUUCGGGAAACCUCCAUGAUGGUCACCAUGGUCAAGAUGCCAAAGUGCAUCGACGAGAUGGUGGACACCUACCGCUUUGAGAACUACGAGAAGUACUACUACUACGCCAGUAACGCGGCUGACACCGCCCGCAUGCACCAGACGUCAGAAGAAGAGUGCGACACAGUGCCGUCCUAG